GCCAAUUGGAAAGAAGAUUGUUCAGGUCUCUGCAACUGAUAGGGAUGGCGAGGGGCCUAACAACAAAGUGACAUUCCUUGUAAAUGGAAAGGGAGCUGAAAGAUUCCAGAUUACCCCCGACACUGGUAUCAUCAGUCUACAUAGUUCACUUGUACCUGAUCAGAUAACCGCUGACAGAAAAUAUGAGAUAUUGGUUGAAGCCAAAGACAGUGGAGUACCCAGCCUCACAUCAUCAGUGACAGUGACCAUCACAGCCUACCCUAACAAUAAGUUACCUGUCUUUGUACCUAAGGAUGAAUAUGAUGUCACUAUACCAGAGGACACUAAG